AUGACGCCGGAGUUGGGCGGGAGGGGGAAGGAGGGGCGCGAUGCGGACUGGUCGGAGGAUGGCGUGGAGCGACGCACUCCGUACAGCCCAGAGCAGUGGAUGGAGAAACAAGAGACCGCCUACACAGCCUGGCUGAACCACCUCCUGGCCCCCGGCAUGGGACAGGAGCGCGCGCGCCCAGACGCCACCCCCCACGCGUUGGCUUCCAGGCGGAUGGUUGCGCGGGUGCGGGGCGUCUUGGAGACGAUCUGCAGGGCCGACGUCGGCGUCAUCAAUUCGAUGAUGAGGCUGGAGGGGCACAUCAGCCGGGGACGCUUCAGGAUGUUGCCGCAUGGGGGCCUCCUGCACGACGUCAGGCUGAGAAAGAGGGCCGUGAAGAUGCUCAUGGCCUAUGACCCAUUCUGGCUGAAGCUGGGACUUCAGAUCGUCGUGCGGUGGGCGUCGAGUGCCGACUACGGCGCACAGGACAAUUCUGCGUGUGGAGCCGCUUCCAUUGCCUGCCAAAAUCUGCCAGAAUUCAUAAAAUGCCAAUUUCUGGUGGAUCAUAGACUGGAGGCACUAAAGACUGCCAACAAACUCAUUGAUGAUGAAUAUGAGGCCUAUUGUGGAGCAUCUAUUCUCAAGCGAUUCCUGCUACUGGUGGCACUGCUUGACAGGGCGGUCACAAGGGCCACACUACCUUUCCAAGUCCCACUGCUCUUUGACGUCAAUGCCAAGAUCAAGUCAUCUGCACAGAUGGUGACUCAGUUUCUUGCGGGCAGCAUGCAUGGCAGUGGCGAUGUUAUACGGCAGCUGGAGCUGAUGGGCUACUGCCUGCAGUACAUACAGAUCAGUAGAAACGAGUACAACUACAGGAUCGACUCCCUGGCAGUGGACCUGAGGGAUGGCAUCCGCCUGUGCAAACUGGCACAGGCAUUAACAGGCUGCAAGGACUUACUGUCCAAGGCAAGCUUCCGUGCUGAGCGGCAAAUCGUGAAGGUCCAAAACAUAGAGCUGGCCCUGAGAGCCCUGUCGAGGGGCAACAAGCAGAUCCUGCGGAUGGCAGGCGACCAGCUGCAGCCACAGGACUUGGUGGAUGGCCACAGGGAGAAGAGCCUGCAGUUCCUGUGGAACAUUGCUCUCCAUGUUCAGCUCCCUCGCCUCAUCAAUACCAGGGCCCUGCAACUGGAGAUCUUUCGAGUGAGGUUGCAGGGAGAGCCGGGCAACAGGCCGCUCAUGCCCCACAAUUGUGUGGCUGGCCUGAUGCCCAAAAGCGAAAUCCUGUAUCUGCUGAUGAAGUGGGUGCAGGCCGUGGUGGAGCCCCAUGGAGUCCAAGUGAAGAACUUCACGUCAUCCUUCGCCGAUGGAAGCGUGCUGUGCUUGUUGGUCAACCACUACCUCCCCAACUACCUCCUCAAGGACGACAUCUACAUCCCGCGCGGGGCGGCCAGGAUCAGGCCGGCCCCCCUGGCGCCCCGCCCCGACGACAACGGCGCCGACGCCCCGCGCCAUCCCUCGGGCCCCAAGGACCGCCGACGUCUGGUGGCCCGCAACUUCGAGCUGGCUUCCGAGGCCGUCUGCGCGCUGGGCGGCACCCCGGAGGCCCCCGCCGCUGACGACUUUGCCCAUCACGGUGCGGAAGAAAAGGCGAUCGUCCUCUUCGUCGCCUUCCUCUGCGCGCGCCUUCUGGAAACUUCGAAGGAGGAUCGCGCGGCCUUGGUCAUCCAGCGCGCCUGGAGGGGGCGGAUCUUGCCCACCGUCAAUGCGGGAUUUCACCUGAGGCGGUUCGAGGCGGCAGUUGGGAUCGUGCAGAGGUCCGUGCGGUCGUGGCUGGUGCGCCUGCGGGAGAAUGAUGGGCGCAGGGCGUUCAUCGUGAGGAUGCAGGCCAUGCGGCGCGGGCUGGUGCAGAGGCGCCGGUAUCUGAGGAUGAGGGCGGCCGCACGCACCAUCCAGGCGCGGGCCAGGGCGUGGCGCGAGAGGCGGCGGUACCGAGAGGUCCUUGGGGCCACGCGUCGGCUGCAGGCAGCUCGCCGGGGUGCCAUCCAGCGCAGGAGCUACCUGCGCGUGAAGAAGGCCGCUUUGAAGGUGCAGGCCACGAGGCGGGCAUCCGUCCAGCGGCGCCGAUACCUCCGCGUUCGACAGGCCGCGACGACGAUCCAGGCGGGCGCGCGGACGUGGCGCGCGCGCAAGGAAUAUCAUCGGAUACUGCACACGACCAGCAGGCUGCAGGCCACUCGUCGCGGCGCCAUCCAGCGCCGGAACUUCCUCCACGUGAAGAAGGCCACUUUGAAGGUGCAGGCCACGCGAAGGGGGUCCGUCGAGCGCCGCCGGUACCUGCGCGCCCGCAAGGCCGCGACCACCAUCCAGGCGGGGACACGGGCUUGGCGGGCACAGAAGGAGUACCGCCGGAAACGGCAAGCAACCAGGCGGUUACAGGCGAAUCGACGAGGAGCCAUCCAGCGCAGGCACUACCUGCGUGUGAAAAAGUCUGUCCUAAAACUGCAGGCUGGCGCACGAGGUUGGCAUGUUCGCAGGGACCACAAACGGGCGCUGUUGGCGGCCACCCGGCUCCAGGCUUUGCGUCGUGGGGGUGUCCAACGGAGGAAUUUUCUGCAUGUCAAGCGGGCCGUUGUCAGAAUUCAAUCUUUUGCAAGAAUGCGCCGUGCACAAUUGCGUUACAAGCGCAUCACCUGGGCAGCGAAGCACAUGCAGGCUGCUUGGCAUGGGAGGGUGCAGCGCCAUAUCUUUGCAAACACCAAACGUGCUGCCAUCGCAAUUCAGAGCUGCUGUCGCAUGUGGCGGGCAAGGAAGCACUACCAAAGGUUGUUGAAGGCUGUCGUGUGCAUCCAGGCUGGCUUCCGUUCCUUCUCAUGGAGGAAACGAUACAUUAAAACUAGAGCAGCCAUAGUGCGAAUCCAACGCUGUGCACGUCUGUGGAUGAUAAGCAAGGCGCAGCAACGUGACAAUGCAGCUAUCUGCAUCCAGAGAAUCUUCAGGGGCUGGCGUGCAAGGAAGGCACUGGAGUGCCAGCACCGUGCUGCUGUCUGCGUGCAACGCUUUGUGCGGGGCCAUCUUGCUCGCAUGGACCUGCCAGCAGUGAUUGCACGUGCCGAGGAGCGCAAGGCCCAGGCGGCAGCUGCCAGAAGAAUUCAAGCACACUGGCGUGGGAUCCUUGUGAGGAAGUGGACGAAGCCAAUUCUGGAGGCUGCCAGGCAGAGGCGGCGGGAACAAUGGGCAUCUGGCGUAAUUCUGAAGGCGGUGCACAGACGCCGCGCAAUCCGCCGAGCCGCCCGCCUGGCGGCCGCCAGGCGCACCCUCUCCCGCUGGGCCCCCGCCUUCCUCGACCGCUGCCGCCUACUCCGCGCCCGCCGCGCCGCCACUACCAUCCAGCGCGCAUGGCGCCGAUCGCUCCGACGCCGCCACGACGCCGCCGUGGCCAUCCAGGCCGGCGUCCGCCGCUGGCUGGCCGUCAAAAAGCACAAGUCCGAUGUGGCAUCGAUCAUCAAGCUGCAGGCCCUGUGGAGGGGCAGGAUGGCGAGGAUGCGGGCCGGCGCAAAAUUCGGUCGCGUUCGCCGGCGGCUGAGGGAGAGGGCGGCCGAGGCGAGGCUGCGGCCGGAGAGGCGGAUCGGGGCGCGGUGCAGGGCGGCGCUGGAGCAGCUGUGCAGGAGUCGGACGGUGGAGGCGGCGGCUGCGGCGGUGUCCACCAUCGCAAUAUGCACGCAGUACAGCGUGGGGUGCUGCCAGAUGGUGGUGGAGGGUGGCGGGGUGGGGGCGCUGGUGCAGUUCAUCGCCAGGUGCCACAAGAACAAGCACCACAUGACCGCGCUGCAACACAGCCUGGACUCCCUGUCCAACAUUUGCUCAAGGGCGUCUCUGGUGGCCAACGUCUUCACCAAGGACGCCCUGGCUACCCUUACCGACCGCCUCCAAACCUUCAGGGAGCACCAGGAUGUCUUCCUGUCAAUAGUCUCCUUGCUUCGCUUGUUGUGCUACGACAGGGGGCGGGCCGCCAUGGUGAUGGGUGAGAUGCGCCAGCUGGUGAAGCAGUGGGAGGCUGUUGCUGGGGUGCUGGCCAGAACCAUCGCAACAGAGAGGAAGGCCAUGGGGCGAGUGGAAGAUGACAAGUACUCUGACAACACAGUGAAGGGCCUAACACACCGUAUGUUUGCCAUGACGGCGCAAUUGCGGGCUUUGAACGAUCUCUUAGAAAUGGUCCCAGACACAACAAACACUGCAGUCGAGCCCACCAGGCCGCCCCUCCUCACGCCCCGCAAAAACCUUCCAGCGCCCAACAAAAUUCUGCACAAGGUUGAGAAGUGGUGCCCCAAGAACACGAUGGCACGGAUCGCACUUUCAGAGCUGCAAGUCACUGCUGCGGCACGGAGGGAAAAUGCCAGUUCUCCCACCCCAAAGCGAUUGAAGAGGUAUCAUCCUCCGGCUCGUUGA